UUUCUCUUUUUGAAAUAAAUCACGACGAGUGAACAGAGAUUUAGUUUAAUUCACGAGAGUUCUAAAAUGAAUGUUACUUUAGUGAUUUUAAUUGUGAUGUUUAGCAAUUGAAGAAUAGAUGAGUAAUUCACGACGAAUGAAUAGAGAUUUGGAUUAAUUUAUGAGAGUUUUAAAAUGAAUGUUAUUUUGGUGAUUUUCAUUUUGGCGUUCAGCAUUUUUUCGGUUGUUGACAUGAAAGGGGUCAAAUGCAAGGUUAAAUUUGGAGUAAAGGCCAUCAGCCUCACUUGCAAAGGAGAACGAGACUGCAAUGUUAGCAGUAUAUUAGUACAUCGUCAUAAAUCAAAACCAGUUGGUAAAGUGCUUGUCAAGUGCCUAGUGUUUAAAAAAUGCAGAAAUUGCGAAAAAGUCAAAAGUUGCACACUGCCAAGAUUACUUAAUCAUGGAAUUUUUAACCUCAGUGCGUUAUCUGAAUUAAAUAUUCGAUGCCACCUUCAAAGUAUAGAAGACGACGCCUUCGACCAUACCAGAUUACUGACUAAACUGCUUCUUUCUAACACAGAUUUUCAUAGAAUCCCAAGUGCUAUUUGUAGAAUCAAGAAAUUAAAAACGCUUGAAAUUGCGGACAGUAAAUUAACUGAGAUUGCAACUGAACUUCAAUAUAUGCCUGAACUUGUAAACCUCUCAUUGACUAAGAACAGAAUAAGUUCUAUAUUAGGCAGUGCUUUUAUGGGUGAUCUAAAACUCCAAUCAAUUGUUCUAACGAAUAAUAAGUUGAGGAGCUUAGAUAAUAAAACAUUUGAUCCGUGCCUUAGUUUACGAUUGGUUAAAUUGGACCAGAAUGAUCUCGUAACAGUUGAUGGCUUAUUUCAAAAUCCUAGUUUGAUGGUAAUUUUCUUAAUAUUUCUAAUUUUAUCUCUUACGUUCUAUCUUUAA